UGAAGCACGCCUGCCCCCCAAUCAGGCCCUGUCAGGGGAGGUUAAAAAGGCCCCAGAAAAGCAUCUUUGGGCAGCGGUGGAAGAAGAGGGAAGAGGAGUGGAAUGCGGUGCCCACUGCCCUAUGGUUUUAUGGUUUCCCAAUCCUCUGCCAAUUUUGUUUAGUAAAUAACCUCCAGGGCCCGGAACACUGGCUCUGUGUCCCUCCCUGUUACUUUAUAUAUAGGAGUUUAAGGUUAAGGUUCCUUGAACAAAAGUUAACACUCAUUAAUCCUUUGUUGACCCUCCAUUCACAGGUCCAAUAUCUAUUUGGUCACUGUACUUAAAUCCUUUUUUUAAGAGUAAGAGCUCAUCACACUCCACCAUAGCCCUCUGGUAGACCAGCGGUUGGUCCAAACUGGGACCAGGCUGCCUUUAUAGAGCCCUAUCUGAUCUAAAGAAGUGCACUGUAAAGAGAAUAGUGUGCCAUUUGGGACGUCCCUGUGGACUGGUUAGACUGGUGGAUUGGUUAGACUGGUGGACUGGUUAGACUGGUGGACUGGUUAGACUGGUGGACUGGUUAGACUGGUCGACUGGUUAGACUGGUCGACUGGUUGGACUGAAUUCCCAUGUCAUUAACCUGCAUUAUGACAUUCUCAGACCAAGGUUUCCCUCAAGUUUCCUGUGCUGAAAGGCAAUUAUUUUUGCCUUCUUGUCUGAGGUAAGUCAGUCUCUGAUCUCUCCCGAUACUUGCGCUCUUAGAUUAAUACCGCAGUUGUUUUCGUUGUUGUGUGUCGUUGCCCAUUUUGUCUGCGAUAGACUGGUUGAACUGUCCAAUUCAAAUUUCAGACAUUUUGGGAAGAUCAACAUGUCUCAAAAAAAGAAGUGCUCAGAAACACUGUCUCAGAAAGAGAUUCGCAGAGGGAACCUUGCAGUUUGCUAACCCACGCAGAGGAAUGUAUGCAUAAAGAAUGACGUAGAUGACUCCCUGUGAGGUAGGGAGUCAAAGCAUUGGUUCGUCACGUCCUCUCAACAACAUCAGACAUUCCAGUCACCCUAAAGCUUAAAUUGCCAGGUAUUACUUGUUAAUGAUUAAGUUAAGCUGUGAAUGACACGCGCGCGUACACACACACUGUGAAGUGGCGAGUGAGAUGGCUUAAGUCUCCUUCCCCUGCAUUACUUUAUGUUAAUGGUGGUGCCACCUCUUUUUUCCCUUCUUUUCAUGAAGCGCUCCCUUUGAUGUUGACAGCCAUGUUCCAACUCUAUCAACAUGCCAGUUUAAUCGCUGUCUUUUUUGUGUGGGUGUACAGCUGUUGUGUGACUCUUUGUGUUCGUCUGAAUGACUGUGUGUGUGCCAACUCUGUGUGUAUGUGUGUGGGCACCAAUUAUGGAUGUGCAUGUGGGCGAUACAUAAUAUUCUCUUUGCUUUUUUUAUGAAUUGAUCUGAUGAUUUCAUUAAUGCAGAAGUACGCCUACAUGGAAAAAUAAAAAAGAGCAAAUGAAGUGACAAUCUUUAACUAGUCUCUGUGGCCUCUAUACCACCUUUCAUUACUACAGUCUCUAUACCAGCUUCUAUUACUGUAGUCUCUAAACCACCUUCUAUUACUGUAGUCUCUAAACCACCUUCUAUUACUGAGGUCUCUAUACCACCUUCCAUUACUGUAGUCUCUAUACCACCUUUCAUUACUGCAGUCUCUAUACCAGCUUCUAUUACUGUAGUCUCUAAACCACCUUCUAUUACUGAGGUCUCUAUACCACCUUCCAUUACUGUAGUCUCUAUACCACCUUCCAUUACUGUAGUCUCUAUACCAGCUUCUAUUACUGAGGUCUCUAUACCACCUUCCAUUACUGUAGUCUCUAUACCACCUUCCAUUACUGUAGUCUCUAUACCACCUUCCAUUACUGUAGUCUCUAUACCACCUUCCAUUACUGUAGUCUCUAUACCACCUUCCAUUACUGUGGGCUCUAUACCACCUUCCAUUACUGUUGGCUCUAUACCUCCUUCCAUUACUGUGGGCUCUAUACCACCUUCUGCUACUGUGGGCUCUAUAACACCUUCCAUUGCUGUAGUCUCUAUACCACCUUCCAUUACUGUAGUCUCUAUACCACCUUCCAUUACUGUAGUCUCUAUACCACCUUCCAUUACUGUGGCCUCUAUACCACCUUCCAUUACUGUGGCCUCUAUACCACCUACGAUUACUGUGGCCUCUAUACCAUCUUCCAUUACUGUGGCCUCAAUACCAUCAACUAUUACUGUGGCGUCUACGUUCUACUACUUUGGCCUCUAUACAUCUUUUCAAUAAAACACACUGGGUUGGUUUUGUGGACCACAAAACCGGCCUUCUGAGUCUAUGUGAAAAGCAGUAAGCUAUUAGUUCUCAAUGUACUUGGCUGUCAACAGUAAAUAAGGUAGGUUGGUUUGUAAAGGAUGCUUUUGUUUGCGAGUCGUCUCAUGCCAGUUAUAUUGACCCCAGGCCAAAAGCUCCUGGUGAUUAAACUGAACAGGCUACUAUAAUGCACCAUGAAAUAAAGGCUUCACAUGCAAGGUCUUUAACUCUCAACUGUCCACCUCCGCUCCAACACGAAACAGCCUUAUACUGGUCUUUGUCCCUCCUCAGACCUGGACCCCCCCCCUUUCCAUCCCAGUGUGUCUCUCUGGUUGUCGUCUCUGUAUUCCUGUGUGGCUCCACGCAGGCCUCUCUUAGUAAGCGUAGCUAAUGCUAUCAUAACCCUCUUCACACGGACAGUAGCCCUUUCCCGUCAGCUGACGUUUACUCUGUAAUUGUUCACCCACUGACACCCCCCCCCCCUCACCACCACCGCUGUGUUCCCCCGUGUCAGAAUAGCAUGUCUGGGCCGGCGCUGGCACCUCCUGUUGCAGAAAUAACAGUAGUUUAGACAGAUUGAUAUGGAUUACGGUGAAUAGCUGCAAUCUGCUAAAGUGCACGGCGUUUGAUGUGGCUGCUGUAGAGGAAUCAGAGAGCAUCGCACGUAGACAAACGUGCACACUCACACCUCUCCAUGUGCAUUCUCUCUCUCUCUCUUUUUAGAAUCAUAUCAUGAUUUUCAUAAAUUACACUUUUCAAUACUAAAGCCCUCUCCAAACCAAAGUAGAUGGCUGUGUUGGAACAAUAUGUUUGAUUGGAGCAACAAGGGGCACAUGAAGUGUCUCUACUUCACACCUCACUACCCCCAACUCCAAUGGAAAAAAACAGCUAUCUGACAUCUCUAUCUUCGGCUCUGUGAGAGGGCUGAUGUCAUUAUCUCGGUGCCGUUAUCAUACAGAACAAAGAGAGACAUCGUUUUUUCUCUCUCUCUCUUUCCUUCCUAAAUUGAUACUGGAGGAUAUUUUUGUUCGGUUCCAGAAGACAUCGUGUGGCUUUUGUGCAUCGACUAAUUUAAAAAGAUUCUAAUCUCCUGGUUGAAGGCAUUAAGGGUAGCCUACAUGGGAAGAAUUUCUGUCUGGAAAUCUAUGGGAAUUAUUCAUUGUUCUCCGGAAGAAAAAAAAAACCUCACAAUUACAGGUUGCUAAUCUCAGCCUUUAAUGAGAUACCACUAAAAUUGUUAGCUUUUUACCAAAUAUUUUUUAUAAGCGAAAGGCAGAACCCUACCUGGUUUGACAAGACAAGCACCUAUUAUGAAUGUUAAUCGAUAUUAAACCGGUACCUUAGUGCUUUUGCAUAAGAUUUUACAUAGAUUUUAAAAAAUGACUGCAGGUAGGCGGGUUCAAUGGUAAAUGUUAACUGCACGGUCUAUCUGGCCGGCGGUGAAGUUGUAGGUGUUCUGCUGGGUUUUCCACAUGGUUCCGUGGGGAGGGGGGGUGGGGGGCAGCGUGCACAUUGUCAUAAGUGUGCCAUAAGAUACAUAAGAUAUGUGUCGCAAUGCAACUCAUUCCGAAAAGGCCCGAUGAGACCAUUUGACAUUCAUUAUGUAUGCCGUAUGAGCCAAUUCCUCAGCGUAGUACCGCAAAAAGAAAGUUGGAUAUGAAUCCAUUGUCACAAGACGCAUAUUACCCACACUGACACGUCUUAAUUAAGCCAAAUAGUGUCCCCGCUGGUGGCACCGACAUGAUCGGCCCAGUUAAUGUCUGUUUCUGGCCUGAUGUUGUUUUUUGUGUCAGAUCAUCUGAUGAAAAAGAAAACCGCUAUUUAGAUGCCAACUGUCAACCAACAAUGUAAGAACACACAGGCACACACACACACACACACUCACAGACACAACAUAGGCGGUCUGGUCUGGAUACAAGCUUGACUGCCUGCGGCGACGGAUGGUUAUUUCCUCUGCAACGACCUUAGUUUAAUACAGCCCCUAAUGACAACCUGUAAGGGCCCAUUAGCCCUCCGGCUACAGUCACAUACACACACACGCUCACACACACAACUAACUCUCUGCAAGAUGAAGCAAGCUCCCACAGCGUUAAAAACUAGCGCAGAAGAAUAGCUGGAGGGCUUAUUAUUGGUUAAUCUGAGCUGAUUGGUAGGAUGUCUGGGACUGGCAGAAGCUGACUGGGAGGAUGCCUGGGACUGGGAAAAGCUGAUUGGUAGGAUCUCUGGGACCGGAGAAGCUGAUUGGUAGGAUCUCUGGGACCGGAGAAGCUGAUUGGUAGGAUGCCUGGGACUGGGAUAAGCUGAUUGGUUGGAUGUCUGGUACUGGCAGAAGCUGUCUCUUUGCAUGCGUGUGUAUGCAUAAACGUUGCACAUAUGCUGCCCGGCGCUUCUGUCCAUCCGCGUGCGUGUGCGUGCGCGUGCGUGCACAUCUGUUCCUGACGGCAUCAGAGAGGAUACACGACCUGAGAGACCUGGGUGAUCUCUCUCCCCACUGGGACAACCUGAGGAAGGAGGUCACCUCCCGCUACGGACAGGUCAUAGCUGCCUACCAGGAGACACUGGCUGAGCUCGACAAGAUCACUGGUCCAUCGUUCAAGCCCAGCUGCAGCAAGGCUCAGAGGUAUCUGGAGUUCAUCCCCAUCAACCUGCAUACCCAGAGAAUGAGGGUGACAUGUCCCAGAAAAACCGAUGCGUUCUACGAUGUGGUCACAGUCGGGGCUCCGGCGGCCCACUUCCAGGGCUUCAAGGGCGGAGGGCUGCGCCGUCUCCUGGGCAGACACGAGGCCGAGAAAAAGAGUUUUAGCACUGCGUACCAGUGUAUCUACUACUCCCCAGAGCACACGGCCAAGGCCCAGGAGGUGCUAAACAGUGUUGGCCAGCUCCAGCCUCUAAUAUCAGGCCUGGCAGACCAGCUUCUACAGGCCGCCCAGCAGCGCUCUGCUCCCAGCCUGAGGGAAGUACUCAAGACCCUGGCUGAGAAGACGGAGCAGUUUGUGCACGCUCUCAAAGACGAGUUGGUGAAGAGCGCCCUGCUGGCCCUCCACGCAGCCCGGCCCGGCUACGUGACCAAGAACCAGACGCAGACCCUGCCGGGCCACACCAUUCACAACCACCGGGACCCCCAAAGUCCCGUUCAGCAGGGUCCCCAAGGUCCGAGUCCGUCCCAGAACCCAGGCCUCAGCCCUGGGGAGCGUGCCGCGGACAGCCCCGCGUCAGUGUGCAAUAAUGUGGAUGGUGGCUCCCUGACGCCUCCCGUUGGAGAGGGCGGACCUGUGCUGCGCCAGGACUCCAUCCCGUGCCAUAAAGAGUAUGACGAGGAGGAAUGGGACAGGGUCUGGGCCGACGUAGCUAAGAGCCUCAGCUGUGUCAUCGCCAUGGUGGACAAGCUCCAGGAGCAGGAACCAGUCAACAACAACCAGGAACAACCAAUCAGCGACCACGCCCUGGCCGAUGUCAUCACUUCCCACAACCCCUCAGGGGACUGGAGAGAGCAGCUCUGCCCCCUGGUGGUCAGGUUAAAGGACUGUGUUGAGGAGGUGGUGAAGCGUGCCAAGAGGGCCAUGACCUUUGUCCUUCUGCAGGAGGCGGCCUGCAGCAUCCCACAGGGCCUCUACCUCAAGCAGAGGCGGGACGUGGUCUUCAGUCAGGCGCUUGCUGCGUUGGCGUGUGGUUUCGUCAUGCGGCUGUAUGCAGGGAUGGAGGAUAGGGGCUUCCUCAAACAGCUCCACCUGGUGGGCCUGGUGGCACAGUUCGAGAGCCUGCUCAGCACCUACAGUGAGGAGAUUGGCAUGCUGGAGGAUAUGGAGGUGGGCAUCUCAGACCUGCAUCGGGUGGCCUUCAAGAUCACCCAGUCCAAAACAGAUGAGCCCUGUGACCUACAGCCUGUAGUUAUCGGCAGGCGGGACCACUACACUGUAGAAGUGCCAUUACCUCCGCUGGCCUUCCAAACAUUACCCGAUGAGAUGAAGGAGGGCAAGGUUUUGCAGAUCUACCCGGUGCUCUUCAAUGUGGGAAUCAACGAACAACAGACAAUAGCAGAGAGAUUUGGGGACAUCUCCUUGCAAGAGAGGAUAAACCAGAGGAAUUUUGAGAUUUUAGACGGUUAUUACAAAUCAUUAAAUGACAAGGUGCCACCAGAAUGUCUACCAUGUUUUGAAACUCAAACAGACUUGAAAGAAUUACUUGAAACCCUUGGGCAGAAUGUAAUUACGAAGAAGAGGAAGAAUGUGGAAAUACUGUGGCUUGCUGGAACGAUCUGCCGACGAUUGAACGGGAUCAGGUUCACCAGCUGUAAAAGUGCCAAAGACAGAACGUCCAUGUCUGUAACUCUGGAGCAGUGUGCCCUGCUAAGAGACGAGCACCAGCUCAAUAAGGAUUACUUCAUAAGGGCCCUGGACUGCAUGCGGAGUCGGCUCACCCAGGGAGGAGUGUUGUGUCAGUGGGAUUCGGACCCGGAGGCGGCGUGCUCUGUGGCUGAGAACAAGCCCGCCUCGCGCCACUUCUACCCCAUCGCUCUGCUGCUUGUCAGCUCCCAUUUGCUGGUGGUCUGGCUCAUUUUAAGUCUUGUUUUUCUGCUCGCAAAAUAUCAAUAAAGUCGCUGACCACGCUGUAUACUCA